GGGCGCGCGCUCGCGCUCGGGGAGGCUGAGGCGGCGGCGGUGGAAGGCGGACUGACUGAGGCGGAGCAGUAGUCGCAGCAAGAGCAAUGGCGGACUACGACACCUACGACGACCGGGCCUACAGCAGCUUCGGGGGCGGCCGCGGGUCUCGUGGAGGGUCUGGCCUUGGCCCACGGAAACAGAAAGAACUUCCAACAGAACCUCCCUUCACAGCAUACGUGGGCAACCUCCCUUUCAACACAGUCCAAGGCGACAUCGAUGCAAUCUUCAAAGAUCUCAGUGUACGCAGCGUACGGCUAGUCAGAGACAAAGAGACAGAUAAAUUUAAAGGAUUUUGUUAUGUAGAAUUUGAUGAAGUUGAAUCGCUUAAAGAAGCACUGACAUACGACGGAGCGCUGUUGGGCGACCGGUCGCUCCGAGUGGAUAUAGCCGAAGGCAGGAAGCAAGAUAAGGGUGGCUUCGGUUUCAGAAAAGGUGGCGGCCCAGACGACAGAGGCAUGGGCGGAGGUCCGCGGGAACCCCGAGGAGGUGGAUGGGAUUCCAGAGAUGACUUCAAUUCUGGCUUCCGAGACGAUGACUUCCUAGGUGGUCGAGGCCGGACACGUCCUGGCGAUCGGCGAGGCGGUGGCCCUGCAAUGGGGGGCACUGGCCGCUUCCGAGAUGGCCCUCCCCUGCGUGGAUCUUCCAUGGAUUUCAGAGAGCCAACAGAAGAAGAACGGGCCCAGCGGCCCCGACUCCAGCUCAAGCCCCGGACGGUCGACACCCCCCUCAACCAAGUAGCCAACCCCAACUCGGCGAUCUUUGGCGGCGCCAAGCCCCGGGAGGAAGUCGUAAAGACCGAUUUAACCUUUCAGACGGAGAUGCAAGAGGGCUAA